AUGACCAUAUGUAAGAACAAAUACAAAAACACGGGGUCGGAAGAUGACAAAUUGCUUUUUAAGACGUGCACGGAGUCGACGGAAUAUCUUCAUUUAUAUUUUAGAGAACUGAAGGAGCACCUCUUCAGGCACAGAAAGUAUGAGGAGUUGUUUAACUUUUGCUACGGCACGCUGAGGAAUAUAAAGAACCCCGCCAUCUCGCGGACGACGGCCCUGAAGAUCAUUGGAAUAGCAUUCACGUUGAACCCCAAGUCAGCGGACCUACCAGUGAGCAAAGACAUCAUCACGUACGCAUACAAACUGCUGAAGCGAAAUGAAGAAGGGACUAACAGGAAGUACUUCACCUACUUUGGUCAUAGCACAAACAAAGAAAAAGACAGCCUCCUUAGUGAAGCCAAAAAUUUAUUCAAGACGACGGAGGUGAUUAAAGCGAGGCAGCAAUUGAAAGAUCAUAGCUUUAUUAACGGCAUAUUUAGGAAGAUACAGAAGAAGCGGAUUUUUAUUGCGCAGGGUGUGUGUGUGUCGUAUUCCGCGCUGCUUAGUGACUUCACGAAUACGAAGAGGGAUCUCCUCGAACUGCUCGAAACGGAAUUUGUAAGCCAUGGCAAGGUUGACCGGAUCUACUCUGACUACGUCAGAUGCCUCAAUGAGGUGAAGGAGAGAACCAUCGAAUUUUUGGAAAAUGGCGAAUAUGAGCUUUACUGCAGGUUUAUUGAUGAAAUGCAGGAGGAAGACGAAGUAAACAUUCGCUACGAAUCCUACCUGCUCAGCUGCCCAGAGUUCUUCAAAGAGAAGGAGAAAAAGAAUUCCAACAGAGAGAUCACCCCGUCGAAGGGGGAGCAAUUAAAACAAAAAUCGAGUGACAUAUUUUUAACGGACCAAGUGAGUUGGGAAGAGGCAAACAAAAGAACAGGCAGCAUGAGCAGGAUGGGGGUGGAAAACCAUUCAGAGGUCAGCAACGGAAGAAAUGACACCUCCCCGGUAGGAUCAAAUAACAGAAAGAAAAGUCAUGAGAAAAGUGAAUUUAAAUCAUUAUCCAAAAAUAUUACCAGUAGUAUCACAGAAUUUGCUUCAUCCCUUGUGAGGAAUGCUCCAUCCGGAGAACCAGUCAGUGGAGGAGUGGAGGCAAAUAUUAAUGACGAAGGAGUGACAGUUGCAUCGGGGGAGAUGGUGAAUAAGAAGAAACCUCCUUGUGAUGAUGAAAGUAGAGAGGGAGGGACGGGGGGUAAAUCAGACGUCUUUCCUCCGAGCAGCAACACGGCGAAGAGUACUUCGCUGGACAGGCAUAACGAAAACGAUAAUGAGAACGAAAUUGGGAUGAAGAAAAAAAUAAACAUAAGUAAGAGGAAAAAAAAGGAGCAGACUCAGAAGCAGGCUCAGCAGAAGAGUAAGGAGCUCGCUUUAUUCCCCGAUGGAAGCGCCUCGCCGGGUGACGCACAGGUGAACACGAAGAAGAAGUCUUCCUUCAACAAAACGGUCGCUUUUGACCUUGAGGCCACCGAGAAGGUCGACCAAGACGCCAAGUACUCCGGAAAGCACCAAGUCGUCGCGCGAGACGACCGUUUCAACGAAAAGGAGACCGAAAUAAUAAACGAGUUCAACGCGUAUCUAAAUGAAGGAAUGAGUCAUCUGAGGAAGCAACAGAGUGCCUACCAGAAGGAGUGCAAAGAAUUUAACAACAAUGUCCAUGAUGGAAAUAAUGAACUUUGGGAUAGCCUCAUAAAGAAGAGCAACUUUUACUCCAUUAAGGAAGACUUUUUAAAUUACAAUAAAUUUUUGAAGGCAAAGGAGAAGGACGCCAAGGAGCAGACUCUAGGAGAUCUCCUCGGCAUGAACAAAUACAUUGACCUGAAGAAAAAAAUGUGUAAAAAUAAAUGUAAAAAUAAGAGUAAAAAUAAAGGUAAAAACAGGAAGAUGAAUCCCGACGAGCUAAACUGUAUCAUCAACAAGUUCACAGACAAUUUAUCUCAAAGUAGGCACUUCAAAACUGAGAAGAAAGUUCCAGCACAGGAACACGGGGGAGGAAUGGCUCUUCUUACCCCCAUUGAAACUCCUCUAGGAAUUUCCCCAAACCACAGUGAUAAGAGAAACUCCAUCACUUCAUCACAAAAGAAUGACACAAGACGCAUUUCCUCUUUCAAUAAGUACUUUACGAAGAAUGACAACAUAUCUUACGUGCAGGACGCAGUAUUAAAAAAUGGGUCCCUGUUGUUAAGGGACGACAACCUCGAGAUAUCCCUCACUCAGCACUACUACGGCAACAACGGAUUGAUAAAAAUUUACGUCAAGAAUAAGAAGCUGGUGAACUACUACGACGUGGAUAUUCAGAUAUCGAACAAAAUUUUGUUCCCCUUGAAAUUCAAGUUUCUCAACUACGAGAGGAUGCUCUGCGCCAAUGCGACCAACUGCUAUGAAAUGGCCGUGAAAUGCGCACACAUGUACAAGGGCUUUCCCCUAAUUAAGAUUUCCUAUCGCAUGCAAGACAUGUUCAGAAAAAGCAUCGAGUUGAGGCUACCCAUCCCGAUUAACAAAUUUAUGAAGAACAUUAAAAUCACGAAAGACGUUUUUGUGAAAUUUUGGAACAACGAAAAUUUUAAUAUAUAUAAGAAGGAUAAGGUUAUCCACAAGGCCGACUCGGUUGACACAGAGAAGAUCGUCUCCCUCUCCUGUUUGGGAAACGCACUAAGUGUGUGCUACAUAGAAGAUGCAAUUUACUUGAGCGGGUGCUAUGCGGACAAUGCAAGCGCACUGGAUAAUUAUUUCGUUCUCGUGGGAAUUGAGGACCUGGAGAACAAACUGAAGAUCAUAUGUAAGUCGAAUAACCCCACGCUAUCAUCGGCCAUCCUUUUUUUAAUCAUACUCAUUCUUAAGGAGCACGACCGGGUGUAA